AUGUCAUCCCCCCUCCGCAUCGGCGUCCUCCUUGUAGGAACCGUCCAACUCCUCGACCUAUCAGCCGUCGACCUCCUCUACAUGACAACACCGGAAUACCUACAAGAAUGCUCCCUCCCACAGCCACUAGUAGACCUAGGCCGACCCUGCGAGAUCCACUACAUCGCCCAAAACAGAAACGACACAGCCAAGACGACCGCGCAGAUGUCCCUACAAGUAACCGACUCACUCACAGACUCAGCCGUUUCCCCAGGCAAGUUGGAUAUCGUACUAAUCCCCGGCCCACCGCCCAAAGCGAUGCCACCACCAGAAGAAUACCUGGACUUUGUGCGCGCGCAUUUCGCAGCCGGCGCGCCGAUACUGAGUGUCUGCACGGGGGCCUAUGUUAUCGGACAUGCCGGGAUUACGAAGGGACGGGAAGUGACUGCGCCGCGGUUGUUGAUUCCUGAGAUGAGGAGGAAGUUUCCUGAGGCGAAGUUGUGGGAUGAUUCGGCUAGGGUUGCUAGGGAUGGGAAUUUGUGGACUAGUGGCGGAAUUACAAACGGACACGAUCUGGUCGCUGGGUACCUGCGUGAGCAUUACCCUGCGGCGCUGGUGAAUACGAUCCUCGUCGCUGCGGACAUUCCUUCCCGUCCCCCGGCGUAUGCUACUCCUGCCAUUAGCGAUACUCUCUAUAUCCUAUGGCAGAUUAUCAGGGCAGUUCCGAAUGCAGUGAUUGGGUGGUUUAGGGGGUGA